AUGCGCGAUCAGGCUAUCGUGCCACAGCAACCCCAUCUGGAGAUCUUCAAUUCUCUACAAGAGGGGCCCCGUGAAGACCGACAAUUUUAUCUUUUCCCGCUUCUUCCCACGGAGAUUCGUUAUACCAUAUGGGAGUAUGCUCUGCAACAUCGACGGAUCAUCCGUAUCAACUUCAUGAUACUAGACGAAGCGAAGUUCAAUGAUGGACCAAUGCUUAGAUACAACGAGUCCUGCGCCACUGCUUUGUAUGGGUUCCAGAUCUUUAACAAGCUGUUCCGAGUCAACAGCGAGUCCAGGAAAAUUGCACGGGCGUUUUAUCGAGUUCAAUUCCCCUGCCUAUUUCAGAAUGUCCUCGGCGACAUGGUACCACGCACUUGCUACAUCAACCCAGAAUACGAUACUCUUCAGUUCGAUGUCAAAAAACCCUUCCCAUGGGCUUUCAUUGAUUUCCUGUACCUGCUAAAGAAGGAUUACGACCCCCUCCAUAUCGGGCUCCUGAGCUUAGCACUGGACAAGCCUUCUCUGUUGAACAUCCAGCUCUUCAUCACACAAGAGUAUUCAAGGAACUCAUCCCUGGAAGCCAUGCCGGAUCUCCUAGAAACUAUCAUCCAGCUUCGAGAACUUUAUUUUGUUGGCACACAAUCGGCUCGCCAGAUCUUCAACAGCACGGUUCCUGCAUGUGACUGGCCACACUUUAAUCGCGCAUUGCCCAUCAAAGCGGCUACCUGUAACUUUACACUCCUCCCCCGAGAUCCGCGUUCAAUUCACCAAGACCUAUCCAAUUUGUAUUUGGGCGAAAACCCUCGCGACAUGGUGGACGCUUGGCGGGAAAUCCUACGGGUAAUGAAAACAUGGCCCGCCAAGAUCAACUACCAAUUUCUACUAGCUUUUCACCCCCCAAGUCAAGUCCAGAUAUCCAAUCGUGAGAAUGCAGCUGAAUGGCUGCGUAGUGAGGAUGAAGAAUGGCGAGGCGAAUGGCGACUGGGCAGUGAGAUACGAAAUGGAAAUUGGGCUCUGAGGUACUGGGAGUAUACAGACCGAAUCGACGAAUGCGAGAUUGGCGCUCUUCAUGAAAGAAAUCAUGGUGAGAAUCUUGAAAAAGCUGUCAAACCUGCCUUUGGGUUCUGGUUGUUUCAGCUCAAAACGAUAUGUAAUUGGCCAGAUGAUCCGGAUGGUGAAAUUUUUGAGUGGCCUGAAGUCUGUUCGCUGGCUGAGGAGUGGCCAGCUCUUGCAUUGUCUUCUCUCCCAUGA